AGCGUAGGAGCCGCCUCCUCUCCCUGCCCACGUGGUCUCGGCCACUGCCCAGGACUGCUCACGCGUUCAGGGUUCCCGGGCGGCUGCCUCCUCCAGUUCCAGGUGUGGGCAGGUGGCAUCUCCUCUACGCACUCCCGGCAGCACGCGGCCGCCGGCUCCGAGAUUCUGCGGAGCUGUCGGAAUCCCAGGAUCAUACCUGGGGCACAGCCGGCGCCGCCCUCCGCCCUCCCUACCAGUAGGCCGGUUCCCUUAUUAGCAUACGGUGGGGGAAAUGGUCGUUCUUUCGGUGCCCGCGGAAGUCACUGUGAUCCUGUUAGAUAUCGAAGGUACCACAACCCCGAUUGCUUUCGUGAAGGACACUUUAUUUCCGUACAUCAAAGAAAAUGUUAAAGAGUAUCUGCAGACACACUGGGAAGAGGAGGAGUGCCAACAGGAUGUCAGUCUUUUGAGGAAACAGGCUGAGGAAGAUGCCCACCUGGAUGGGGCUGUUCCCAUCCCUGCAGCGUCUGGGAAUGGAGUGGAUGACCUGCAGGAGACAAUCCAGGCUGUGGUAGACAACGUGUGCUGGCAGAUGUCUGUGGACCGAAAGACCACUGCCCUCAAACAGCUGCAGGGCCACAUGUGGCGGGGAGCGUUCACUGCUGGGCGCAUGAAAGCAGAACCCUGCCCCACUCCCACUUAUGUGGUCAUUGCCUCGACCCAGGCUCUGACCCCAGCCAGUCACUCUGGAGCAACCAUGUCAUCUGACGUCAAAGGCUACAAGCAGGACUGCGCAGUGCUCACUGCAGAGAUCACCAGCAAGAUCGCGAGGGGCCCCGACACCUGCCUGGGAUAUUGGCUUGAAGCCAGGAUCUCUGAACUUAGCCCCCACUCAUCUCCCGAAGUCCCAGUUAGUUCUGGAGGAGAGGUCUUGUGUAUUCCGAGUGUAUUCGUAUGGUCAGUCUUCCUUCUGCUCUCCGUACAGCUUGUUGAUGGUCACUUUGAUACUAAGAUUGGACACAAAGUGGAGAGUGAGAGUUACCGGAAGAUUGCCAGCAGCAUUGGGUGCUCAACCAACAACAUUCUGUUUCUGACAGAUGUUACUCCAGAGGCCAGCGCUGCGGAGGAGGCAGAUGUGCACGUGGCUGUGGUGGUGAGACCCGGCAAUGCGGGAUUAACGGAUGACGAGAAGACUUACUACAGCCUCAUCACGUCCUUCAGCGAACUCUACCUGCCUUCCUCAACCUAGAGGAGCCUUUCUAAGGAAGGCCACGCUGCCUCACAGAGUUGUCCCUGUAGUGUCUAGUUUUAUUCUAAUGGUAAAAGUAACUUUAAAAAUACACAUAUAUACACACAUGAGUGUGCAAGUAUAUGUAUGUGUAUGCUCACAUUAACUUCCACGGGCACGUUAAGUGAGAAAAAAGUCUCAGUUCAGUGGAAAGGAAACUUACUUAAAGAUGCUCUAUAUCAGCGGUUCUCAACCUGUGGGUCAUGACCAAGGAAAAUACGUCCUGCAUAUCAAAUAUUUACAUUACGAUUUAUAACAAUAGCUAAAUUACAGUGAUGAAAUAGCAACAAAAAUAAUUUUAUGGUUGGGGGGGUCACCAGAACAUGA